AAGCCCGAGAGUUCUGAAGAUCCAAGUCGCACAGGCACCGAAGAAAAAUGUUGCAUCUGUGACGAGGACGACGCAAGAAAUUUAGAGGGAGGGGGUCUGAGGGGGAAGGGGGCCUACAGAAUACAGCGUCAGGUGCAAGUAAAAGGUACAUCAUCAGGCAUGGGUCUGUCUAGAAAUGAGCUGGAGUCCUUUGUCUGCAGGGCCAAUGAUGUCAUCGACAUCAAAUUAGUUCGUCAAGAAUCUGACCUGGAAAACAAUAAAACUACUUUCCGCCCAGAGCUGACUCAUCAAGUCUUCGGUGAAACUGAGAACAUAUUUGGGUAUAAAGACCUGGUAGUGAAGCUGUACUACACAGCCGGCCGGCUCACCACCUACCUGAACAUGAGUUACAGUCAGAAGGUGGACCCUGUCAGACAUGAGGGGAUGCAGGCAGACGAAGUUCUGAAGAACAUAGCAGAGAAGAUCCCUCCAGGCUUCUGUACCAACAUUGAUGACUUCUCCAUGUACAUUCCGAAGGAGGCGACCUUCCAACCCUACGGAACCCUGCUGCACUCCUACAAGAGGGAAACAGAGGGCGGAGACAGACAGUUUGAGAUCUAUAAGGCAGACAUGUCCAUACCAGGGUUCCGUGAGUUCCACGAGAGGUUACAGAUGUUUGUCUUGUGGUUCAUCGAUGCAGGCUCAUUCAUAGAUGUGGAUGAUGAAAAGUGGAACUACUAUCUAAUAUUUGAGAAGUAUGCGUGUGAUGGAAACCAUCGCUAUGCCACAGUGGGAUACCUGACUGCCUACAGCUACUAUGCCUACCCUGACAAGCUUAGGCCGAGGAUAAGCCAAGUGUUGGUGCUGCCCCCCUUCCAGCGCCUGGGCCAUGGUGUAGAGCUCCUACAGACUGCCUACAGGGACAUGAGGGAGAACAAUGAUGUCCUGGAUAUCACAGUUGAGGACCCAUCAGAAGAGUUCCUGAGGUUGCGAGACUUUGUAGACUGCAUGAACUGCAAGGUUCUGCCAGCCUUCUCACCGCAGCUACUGCAGGAUGGAUUCACUGCAGACAUGGCACAACAAGCACAGGAGAAACUCAAAAUCAACAAGAAACAAGCCCGUCGAGUGUACGAGAUUCUGCGUCUGGAGCAGACAGACAUCAGUAACGCUGCCGCAUUCCGAGAGUUCAGACUGGACGUCAAGCGGAGACUGAACGCACCGUUUAGGAAAGAGAGCUCCUACAUUGAGAAACUGAGGAAGGUCCUGAAGCCAGAGGAGUUGGUUGUUGCCAUGGAAGACUUCAGUGUGGAAAACCGACAGGCGAAACUCGAGGAAAUGUUUCAGGACAACCUCACGCACUACAAAAGGGUCCUGGACAGGCUUGCAGUGGCCUAAAAAUAAAUAUUUUCUAAAACUAAGAAAAAAA